GAAUUUAAUCGCACGCAAUGGGAGUUACUGGACUGUGGAGACUAAUAGAGCCAGCCGGCAUGCCCGUACCUGUUGAAACAUUAGAAAAUAAGGUCUUAGCUGUUGAUAUUUCGAUAUGGUUGCAUCAAAUGGUAAAAGGUUACCAGGAUGCCAAAGGUGCACCACUACCAAACGCCCACCUGAUGGGAUUGUUCCAACGUGUUUGCAAACUGCUCUAUUUCAGAGUUAAGCCAGUAUUUGUAUUUGAUGGAGGCUUCCCUGAUUUGAAAAAAGAAACUAUUGCUAAGAGACAAGAUAACAAAUCUAAAUAUAAUUCUGAAUCAGAAAGGAUUAAGCGUGAACUUACUUUAUUAUUGAGUAAGAAGACAGCAAUAAGUAGCCUAUUGGGGAAACAAAUAUCACCAAGGAGAGAUUCCUCUGAUGUAGCUGCACAAGAUGAUUUAUUUAAAUUACCGGCACUGCCGGCAAGACAAGAAGACAGUGAAUCAGAAUCAGAAGAUGAAACUUCAAGUGGUUCAAUUGUAGAUUUACACUCAGUAGAUGUAGAGUCUGAAAACUUUAAAUCAUUACCUGUUAAAGAAAAGUAUGACUUGCUCAUUGAAUUAAAGGAAACAAGAAAAAUGAACUCUUGGGGAAAAAUUCAUGAGUUACCAAAGAAAAGUGAUAAUUUUUCUGAUUUCCAAAUGCAAAGAUUAUUAAAGAGGAGAAAGGUGCAAGAAUGCUUACAAGAGACAGAGAAAGAGAUGGGUGAUACUGGUAUGUCCCUAAAUGAAUUGGAAUCUUUGUUAAAUGAAGAAGGAAUAGAUACAAAAAUUGAUACCUUACAUACACGACGCAUUGCUUCCAAUAAUACUACUCGAUUUGUGCUUAUCAAUGAUGUAAAAAAAGCAUUAUCAGAAGCUAAAAAGAAGAAAGAAGCUGAAAGUAACUCAAAACAAAUGUGUACAAAUGUAAAAGAAAAGAGUGAUGGAAAUGAAGAAAAAUCGUCUAACAGAGAUGAAUUAGAAGAUGAUUUACAAAGAGCAAUAAAGAUGUCGUUAGAAUGUGUAGAAGAUCCUGAUAACAGUGCUUGUACUUCUAAAACAGAUGAUUCUUGGACAUCUGUCCUUACAGACUCUGAUUCAUAUAAUGAUUCAGAAGAAGAGGAUGGAUUUGAUCAGCCUGAUAUGACUUCAGCUAAAGCUUAUAUAAUGCAAUAUAGUGACUUUACACAUAAAGUUAUAGAUGAUAUGGUAACUUCAAAAAAUAAACACAAAUCAAAAGCACAGAAUGUUGACAUUGUUUUAGAGGAACUUAGUAAAGAGAAAUCUAUCAUUAUUGACAAGAUAGAUGUGUCUAGUGAUGAAGAAUUUAUUAUUGAAAGUUCAAAAAAAGUCAAAGAGGAAAUUAAGGCAACACCUUCUGAUGAUGAGGGAAUUGAGGACAUAAAUAACACUACACAAUUAUCUGUAGUGUGCAUUGAAAAAUCUUUGGAAAAUGUUAUUACUGUUGAUUCUAGCACUGAAGAUGAUACUGAACAAAAUCUGAAUAUAAAUAUAAAAAAUAAGAAAGAAAGUGACUCUAGUGAUAGUGAAGAUUUUGAAGAUGUUCCUGAUGUGGAUAGUGUAGCAAACAAAGCUGUUGUAGAAUUGACAUUGAAAACGGAUAAGAUGUUCGACGAUGAUAUAUUCGCAGAUGUUUUUACAACCAAAAUAGCAAAUUUAAAAAAUGAUGAAAUUGUUAAGCCCAUUUUAGGCCAGUCCACAGAAAAUAUCACUUUAAAUGAGAAAACACAUACAAUGAAGAAAUCAAUAACAGAAACGCCUAAAUUAAAUUUAGUUAACAAGAAACCAAAUGAACAGAUGUAUGAAAAUAGUGUUGAUGCAAUUAAAACUAAAGAUAGAUGUUUAUCUGAUUCAUUCUACUCUAAUAAAGAUGUGUCUCUGAAAACUGAUUCUGAUAUAGUAACACCUGCUCCUAUUGAAGAUAAAACCAAAGACACAGACAAAACAAAUAAUGUCAAUAGUGAGAAUGAAAUAUCAAACGAAACAAUAUCGAAGAAUUUUCCAAGUGAAAAUCUUAAUUCUAUUGUAGAGGAAAUAGAAACUGAGGAGCGACAGUUGCUACACGAAAAGGGAAAAUUAGAUAGAAUUGGGAGAAACAUUACAGAACAGAUGACCAAAGAAGCACAAGAGCUUUUACAAAUAUUUGGAAUUCCUUACAUUGUCGCGCCAAUGGAGGCGGAGGCUCAAUGUGCAUUUCUAGAAAAUGUUAACUUAACAGAUGGUACUAUAACUGAUGACAGUGAUAUUUGGUUGUUUGGCGGAAAAACUGUUUACAAAAACUUCUUUAAUCAAAAAAAACAUGUCAUUCAAUUUUUAUCUGGUCGAAUUGAAAAAUCGUUUAAUCUUUCUAGAGAACAAUUAGUACUGCUAGCUUUACUAGUAGGUAGUGAUUACACCACAGGUUUAACUGGUGUUGGACCAGUGACUGCUUUAGAAAUAUUAGCAUCAUUUCCAUUCAACAAACGGCUAUUCAUCAAUGAGUCUACUGAACAGGGUCGGUACCAGCAAGUUGUAACUGGAUUACAAGAAUUCAAGAGUUGGGUACGGGCUGGUAAAAGAACGGAUAAUAUAACCCUAAAGAAAAAGCUGAAAAAUGUAAAUGUUACUGAUGAUUUUCCUAGUAUUCGGGUUGUUCAAGCAUACCUGGACCCGAAUGUAGAAAAAAGCAAAGAAAAAUUUACAUGGGGAGAAAUAGAUAUAACAAUAUUGCGAGAUUAUGCUAAAGCUAAAUUCGGUUGGUCACAAAGCAAAUUAGAUGAAAUUAUCAAUCCAGUUUUAAGUAGAAUGUUAGAUCGGAAAAAACAAAAAAAUAUUCAUAACUAUUUUAAAAAGAAAGUAGAAUAUCAAUCAUUAGAGGAUCGUAUGAGUAAGAGAGUUAAAGCUGCCAUAAGAAAAAUGGGACCAGAGGCUCCUUUAGAAGACACAGUAGUAACUGAGGAAAAAAAGAAAAUAAGAAAAAGGAAACCAAAUAACACUGAAGCUAGCACAAGUAAUGUACAAGAUCAAACAAGCAUUAAUGUCCCAUCAAAAGCCAAACAAAAGAAAAAUGAUGAAGAGAAAGUACUUAAAAAUCUUGGUAUAAAAGUUGUAUCAAAAAUUCAAGAUGAUGGUAAAUCAACUAUAGAAAUAAACAUCCCAAAAUUAGACAGGGUCCAAGAAGUAAUACCUCAAAGAGAGAAAGAGAAACAAUGUCUUCUACAAAAUAAAUUGAAAGCAAUUGAAAUAUUUAGAACAACAAAACUCGAUAGAAAAAGCAAAGUUACAAAAAAGAGAAUUAUUUUACCAAAAGAAAAAGCCAACCUUUCUGAAGAUAGUGAUAGUGUAUAAUGCAUGCACCCUAAAAUCUAUAUUAUUUAUUUUUUAUAUUUUUGUUAAAUAAAAAUACUAUUAAUAUAAAAUAGUCAA